CCCACGUCCGGGGAUGUCUGAUGGUCAGGAUUCCCUCUGGCUGGGGCUGAGCCCCCUGCCCAGUCCCACCAGCACCAGGUGCCACAGCAGGAUGAUGCCUGGAGCAGGCGAUGUAAAGGCACACGUCAGCACUGAUCCCUGCUGCAGCUGCAGCUCUGUUGCACAGCUGCAUUUGGCAAUGCAGCGCCCUCGCCUUUGGCACACAGAGGAUUUGGCUGGCUCUAGAGGGCUGCCGCAUUCAGCAUUUUGCUUUUGGCCUCUGAGAUGCUCUUCAGGAGCUUGCAGAAGGAUUUGCCUCUAAAGGAGCAGGAGGAUUUAGAGCAUGAAUUUUAGCCCGUUAGCAACUCUUUCCUCCAGUACUGGACCAACUCCAGUACUCUGUCCAACAAAGUGCUGAGCUGCGCAAACUCUGCCAGGAAAGCCACGCUAUGGAUGAAACUGGGCACCGAGAUGGCCUCCGUGCCCCCCAAGAGGCAGAAGAACACCAGCCCCACGGUACAGGGAAGGAAACAGCAACGGGCUCAGGCCUUAUCAGCUGGCAGAGCUAUUUCUACAACCUCUGAACUGGAGCUUGAUGAAACCAAGCCUCACGAGAACAGAACAUGUGGUAAGGCAUGCCCUCGAGAAAUACAGCCAGAAGAAGCGAUACGAGAGGUGCCAAAGGGACCAGGACCUUAUUUUUAUAUCAGUGGAUCCAAUGGAGCUGGACUUGUGAGCAUCUAUUGCCAGCGCAGAGGCUGGCAGCGUAUCUAUGACAACAGAAGACAGGAUUACGCGCUGAAAUGGUGUGAGAUCAAGUGCCGAGAGACCUAUUACCAUUUCAAAGAAGGUGAACAGCUUCUCUACCAGAUCCCCAACAACACAGUCCUCACCAGUAAGAUAGGGCUUUUAUCCUGCCUGAGAGAGCAAGAGCGGGUGAUGAAAAAGGUCGGCAGGAGCUCUAAUUCCAAGUUACUGAAGAUGGAAGAAUUCUUUCCAGAAUCUUUUCGCCUGGACCUAAAAGAUGAGAGAAAUGCCUUUUUUGACAUUUGCAAAGAAGAACAGAUUUGGAUCUGCAAACCAAGCUGCUCUAACCAAGGCCGAGGAAUUUUCCUCCUUAAAAAUCCCGGUGCUGCCAACACCCUUCAAGCCAAGCUCCACAGCUCGGUGGGAGACCUGCCCAGCAAGAGGGGGCAGUGCAGGGCUCCCCAGGCGAGAAUAGUGCAAAGGUACAUCCACCAGCCUCUGCUCCUGGAAGGGAAGAAGUUUGAUGUCCGGUCUUACCUCCUCAUUGCUUGCACAGCACCCUAUGUGUUGUUUUUUGCCCAGGGUUAUGUCCGCCUGACCUGCACCAAUUACAAUGCCGUGUCUGACGAUCUGACCGUUCAUCUCACCAACCAGUACAUGCAGAAGAAGAACUCCCUGUACAGCCAGCUGAAAGACGAGACGGUUUGGCGGAUGGAGCACUUCAACAGCUACGUUAAUGAGAAGUUCAUGAAAACCAAGGGCCUCCCCAAGGACUGGGUUUUCACCGUGUUUACUAAAAGGAUGCAGCAGAUCAUGUUGCAGUGCUUCCUGGCGGCCAAGCACAAACUGGAUCGCAAACUGGGCUACUUUGAUCUCAUUGGCUGCGACUUUUUAAUUGAUGAAAACUUCAAGGUCUGGCUUCUGGAGAUGAACGCGAACCCCGCGUUGCACACCAACUGCAAAGUCCUGAGAGACAUCAUCCCCAUUGUGGUCUACGAGAGUCUUGAUCUGGUUCUUGAGAUCUUCAACAAGUGCCUGAAAGGCCGGAGCGUGCUGCCUUUGGAGACACGCAGCCACUUCGUGCUGCUCUACAACGAGGAUGCUGCCGACCUCAGCCAGAAGCAACUCCUGAAGCUCAGACCUGGGCUGUGCAUGGGACGGUACCUGCGGCCACACAUGGACAGUGCCAGCUACUUUAGGCACAGCCCCACCAAAGAGAUGGAUGCCUCUUCCAAAAAACUUGGUUGCUCCAAAAGAAAAGUUGCCUUGUUGCCUAAAAAGACUUGCCAACAAACCGUCUCCCAACCUAACAUGUGCAGCUCUUCGACCACCACGGAUAAACACGCUGAGCCACUGCAGAGCAAGAAGGUUUUGACAACUUCAAACACAUAAAAAGGAAAUAAAAGCUAAACUUCUAUGUUCUGUGUGUGUCCUCCUCUUUUUUUCAGCUGGUAUAAAGAGAAGGUGUGAACUGGAACACCAGCAAUGAUGUGUUUCGUUCUUCUGCAGAAAGCAGCCAGCCAGAAACUACAGAAAAAUUACAGAAAAUGAGACCACUGCUACCACAUUAACAACCAUCCCUUUUAAAAACAAUGUUGAUCUCACAGGUGCAAGCCAGAAACCAGCCAAGCUUUUUAUAAAGUCAUUCUCCAGAAAGAGAAGGAGAUCAGCUGCAAAGACUAAACCCAGGGCUCAACAAAACCCCCACCGCCGGUCCCAUAACUCCCUCCCUCCCCAGCUGUGCCUUGCA